AUGAGCACCCUAUCUUCCGUAGAGGAGCUGCGCCUCACGCUAGACCCACAGGCGGAUGCAGAGCGCUAUGACGACGUCGCAGAGGACCUGAAUGACAUCCUGCCUCUGUGGACCGCACUCAUACCUGCCGAACGGCAGGCGUAUACCGAUGAGGAAGAGGAAAGUGGCUAA